AUGAAUGAAAAUGAUUUGAAUAUUCAACAAAAGCAGGAUGUUCCCAAAUCGCUUGAAAACGUCAAACAUAUUAUCCUAAUCCUAUCAGGGAAAGGAGGUGUUGGUAAAUCAUCAGUCACCACCCAAACUGCACUAACAUUGACUAACAAAGGAUUCAAUGUUGGAGUUUUAGAUAUUGACUUAACAGGACCUUCAUUACCUCGAAUGUUUGGUGUUGAAAAGAAACAAGUUCAUCAAUCUACGCAAGGCUGGAUUCCUGUUUCUGUAUACAAUAAUCAAUCUGAUGCUAAUAGAGGUACUUUGUCAUUAAUGUCAUUAGGUUUCUUACUUGGUAAUAGAGGGAAUUCCGUCGUAUGGAGAGGUCCUAAAAAGACUGCAAUGAUAAGACAAUUCUUGAAGGAUGUAGUAUGGGGUGAUAAGAAUAAGCGAUUAGAUUAUUUAUUGAUUGAUACACCACCAGGAACAUCCGAUGAACAUAUCGCAAUUGCAGAAGAAUUACGAUGGUCUCAACCUUUGGAUGGGGCAAUUAUUGUGACUACACCACAACUGGUUGCAACUGCAGAUGUUCGGAAAGAAAUUAACUUUUGUAAGAAGGUUAAUUUUGAUAUCUUGGGAAUAGUGGAAAACAUGUCAGGAUUCAUAUGUCCACAUUGUUCUGAAUGUACAAAUAUAUUUCUGAGUGGUGGAGGGAAAUUAUUAAGUGAAAAAUUGGAUUUACCAUUUCUAGGGAAUGUACCUAUUGAUCCUCAUUUUGUAGAAUUGAUAGAAAUGCAAGAUAAUGAAGAUGUACAAGGAAAGAAGAAAUUAAUCGAGUUGUAUGAUGAUUGCGAAUUAAAACCAAUAAUGAACGAUAUCAUAGACAAAAUACUAGAAAGAAACCUACCUUCAAGAAUAUAA